AUGAAUCCUGCUCCUACAGAAAUUGACAUGUCUGUUAUUGGUAACGUGAAACCUGUCGGAGCUCCCUUGAUAUUCGGAUCAGCGGUCAACGAUAGGGUUUUUAAACUUUGCACUUACGUUCUGUGGUUGAUAGCCACAACAACCGGCACUCCAAACUUCUUAGCAUUGCUAAUGUGCUUUGCAACGUUCGGAAUACCCUUGCGUAACAGCUCCAGAUUUUCCUCUGUAUAUUCCUUGGCAAGCGGAGCCCCAGGGGUUACGGCAGGUCCGCCUCCGUGCAUUUUCAGCGCUCUGACGGUUGUUACUAGAACUACAGCGGUAGGAGACAGACCGUCUAUGAAUAUUUUUCGAGCCAGCAUGUGCGUGAACGGAAUGAGCGAAGUGAAAAGUCAAGAUCAGGGUCAACGUUGGGUAAAUUUGGAUACCACGCGCGACAACGCAAGCAAUUAUUUGCCAAAGAAAACCCAUUCUGACAAGGAAAUUUACAUUUAUAUCGAAUCUAGCUGGAUUACAGCAGAACCACUGGCUGAAACCCAAGGCUCGUAA